CAGGCCUGAAUGAGAUGACGCCUCGGCCGCUCAGUGCAUGAAGGGCGGUGGUGGAGCAAACAGACAUACCCUCCUCGUAGCAAGAAAGAGUUCAUUUGCGUCUCCGCCGGCAAAGCUCCUCCUGUCACAGAUGGGAGGCAAUGAGGAGUCCGCGGUGUUGUUGAUGCUGGUGGCGGCGCUGGUGGCGGUGUUGCCCCUGCACUGUCGCGGCCAGAACGCUCCCUCCGCCGAUGCCUGGAAGGGGCUGGACGCGACCAUCGAGGAGAACAAGGCCGUCACCUCCCGCAUUGUACAAGCAAUGAGGAACCUUGCUCACUUGCACCAGACUGUCGGAUGCAUCCCAGAGGUCCAGGAGCCUCAGAAGGUUGUGCUGAAGAAGACUGACCUGUACGCACAGGAGAUGGCUGUCCUCAUCACCACACUGUACAGAGAGUUGCGCUGGUUCAAGGAUGCGACACAAGGCACCUGUCCCACUCAAUGCCAAAAGAGUGAAUGGCGGUGCAAGAGUGGGCAGUGCAUCCCCCUGUACUACCGAUGUGACGGGCUAGCAAACUGUAGCGACGGCUCUGACGAAACACCUCUCUGCAUGAGUGGCUGUGGUCCUGACAAGUUUAGGUGCGCAGCGGACAACACCUGCCUGCCGCUCUGGAGGCGGUGUGACGGCGUGUUCCACUGUACCAACGGCGCAGACGAACAAUGCCAGGACUCAUGUUCGCCCAAUGAAUUCCUAUGUCAACAUGACCGCCGCUGCCUGCCCGCCUCCUGGACCUGUGAUGGUGACCCAGACUGUUCAGACGGCGCCGAUGAGAGAUUCUGCUUUGACAUCGAGGAAGACGAAACCACCACCACUACCACCACCAGCACCACCACCACCACCACCCCUACCACUCCCUUCGCUCAGGAACAUGUGUGCCGGCCAGGGGAGUUCCGCUGCGCUACUGGAGACAUGUGUGUGUCCCUGGACUUGCUAUGUAAUGGUAUGGGCAACUGUUUCGAUGCCAGUGACGAGGACGAGACACUGUGCCCGCAGACCACCACGCCUCAGAGCACGUGCCCACUUAACACGUUCCGCUGCGUCUCGUCGUCAAGAUGCAUUGUCUCGUGGUGGCGGUGUGACGGAUACCCCGAGUGUGAGGACGCCAGCGACGAGCAAGACUGCAUCUACGGGCUGCAGUGUGGGAGGGACAAGAUCUUCUGCCUGAGUGACAGAACCUGCCUGGAGGCAAGCCAGCGCUGUGACGGUGUGAUGGACUGCUCCGACAAUACUGAUGAGAUGGACUGUCCCACCACAACCCCGGACAUCACAACCCCGCCCACCAUAACACCGCUCACCACAACGCCGUCCACCACAACGCCGUCCACCACACCGACAUCAACCACAGAAACAUCAACCACACCUUCCUCAACAUUCCUGAGCUGCCAGCCAGACGAGUUCCAGUGUUCUAGUGAGGAGAUGUGCAUCCCCCAAGACAUGUUGUGUGACGGUAUAGCAGACUGCUUCGACUCCAGUGACGAGGAAGACUGCACCACUACCGCCACCACCACCACCACGCCCCAGGGCACCAGAGUCACAGGGGAUCUACGUCUGGGCCAGGGCUCCACCACCACCGCCCUCGUCCGCAUCACCAUCGACGACAACACCACUAGUGCCACCCCCACCACCACCGAACCCAUGAUUACCACCACUACCACCACCACCACCACUGUCGUGACCCCCUCCGCCGCUACCGCCCCAGCAGUAGCGACGGAGCAGCCUCAGGUGACCGCGUCGUGCCCGUCUAGGUACCUUCCCUGCACCAGUGAGAGCUGCGUGCACGAGCGGCUGGCGUGUCUCAACACCGCCAGGAUUGUGUGUGUUAAUAUGAGCCGGGAAGUGAUGGACAUGUGCCAGGAGUGUCGCAGGGCAGGGAUCAGUGAGCGGACUUGCUUGCAGAAUUCCCAGACGGCUGUUUCCCAGACAGCUGUUCAGCGAUGCAUGAGACAAGGGUGGAGCUAUAAUAGGUGCCUCAAGUCUGGCCAGUAUAACGGAAGAUAGGCGAGCGGUGGGUGUGUGUAGGCUGGGAAGGCGGUAGUAUGUGUGCUGUGUGGUCUGCAGCCUUCCUGUACACAUAGCUCACUCUCACCUUGUCGCCGCGGUGAAGUAAAUGAAAAGUGACCUGUCAAUGCUGGAGAAAACGCCUCAUAUGUUGGUGUGUGUUGGAAUUGCAUCAAUGACUGACUGUGAGGAGGACAUCUACAUGAAACAACAAUGACAUUGCUGCAGAUGGAAGUGUGUGAGAAGUGUCAUCGUCUCUCACUUUCAUCUCUAUACUAUAUUCUGUGUCACCUUAAACGCAAGAGUUAACCAGUAAUCACUUUCUUUCAUCUAUUUUGCCGGUAAACUCUGUGACUCCCUAACUGAUUAUUUAGUGACUCCUACCUAUGACUUAAAUAGUUUCAAAAGAGAGGUUUCAAGAUACAUGCUUAUAAUAAUUUGACAUAUCUUUUCGCCUUUAACCCCUUCAGUAUGGAGCACAUUUCUACCUUGAGAUUUGUGUACGAUUAGAACAUGGAGGUCAAAAGAUUAAUAGCCACAGUCAUCGCUAUCUUAAUCCCCGACAUAAGUUUCUGGAGCUGUAUAAAACCACCAAAUAGAAACAGGAAUGAAUAUGGAAGCGCGUCAUGGCACUGAAGGGUUUUAGAGAGGCGCUAUUCAAAAUAUUACAAUUUUUUUUAUGUACAUUUCAGUUAAAGGAUUUAUUCAUGUGUUUCUUUUCUAUAACGUGAAGUUUAGGUGGGUUAUUUUUUUCACGUGGCAUGCAUACAAUUAACUUGACGUAUUCUGAACUAUGCUUGAUUGUUUUAUAUACUACAGUACUGUUUAUAUGGUGUUGUUUAUCUAUUUAAUCAUAUUUCUGUGUAUGAUGCAUCUUGUAUUGUGUAUCAUCUCAUGAAUUAAUUAAUUGAUAAAGGUAAAGCAAACG